AUGGGAUCUUUUUCGAAAAUUGUAUGUCAGUGUUUUUCUCCGUUUUCCUCCCUAUUUCAUCUGUGUUUUUCUUCAAAAUUAGCCCAUAAAUCAGCAGAUUCAAAACAUGGGUGGAUGGCAAUUGGAAGUUGCAAAAAUGGCUAUGUACAUCACCUUUCCCGUGGCUCUUUUUCACUAUUUCAACCAGCCGGAAUACUUUGAAAAGUGGGUGACGGACAUGAAGAGAGAAUUAUAUCCACCAGAAGACACAAGCCAAAAUGAGGAAUUUAGAAAAGCCAUCAGAAGUGUACGUGUAGCUAAAGAGAAAGAAAUCCUCAAAGCCCUCGAAGACAUUGAGAAAAAGGAGAGAAGUUCAGCGUGAAGAUCUGCAUUCUUCAGCACAUGUGAUGAUUUUUAGUUAAUUAGAAUCUUUCUGUAUUAUAAAAUUCACUUUGGAAUA